GCCUGCGGGCAGACGCGCUGCCAGCGCCAAGUGUUUGUGGGUUCUGCUUCCCCUGGACGUCGCCGCGAGAAACCUCAGCCUCGCGCCCUCUCCCGACGCCCUGGAGGUGGCUGGGUCGCAGCGCUCUGGGUCCUCUGGAUUUUGUCUCUUCAGUGAAGGGGACCCCAAAAAGCCUGAUCAAUUCUUGAAUGUGAAACUAUGGCUCAUGGUCUGGUGACCUUCUCGGACGUGGCCAUCGACUUCUCUCAGGAGGAGUGGGCAUGUCUGGACUCUGCGCAGAGGGACCUAUACUGGGAUGUGAUGCUGGAGAACUACAGUAACUUGGUCUCACUGGAUUUGGAGUCCCCAUAUGAGGCCAAGAAUUCAUCUACAGAAAGGAGCAUCUGUGAAAGAAAAGUUCCCAAACGGAACUCAAAUGGAAAAAGGAAAGCCCCUGCCUUUGGCUGGACAUGUGAAGGUGAGUGUGAAGGACCACAGGGCCCUCGAGAGGGAUAUUUCAAUCAAGUGAUACUCAGCUGUGGGAAAAAGCCCACUCACAGGGGAAGCACAUCUGCUAGGCCACACCAGAGACACAGCAGGGAGAAUGCCUAUGAAUGCAAGGAGUGCGGGAAGGCCUUUAGUCGUAGCUAUCAACUUACCCAGCACCAGAAAAUUCACACUGGUGAGAAACCCUAUGAAUGUAAAGAAUGUAAAAAAGCCUUCCGUUGGGGUAAUCAGCUUACUCAGCAUCAGAAAAUUCAUACUGGUGAGAAACCUUAUGAAUGUAAGGACUGUGGGAAAGCCUUCCGGUGGGGCUCAAGCCUCGUCAUUCAUAGGAGAAUCCAUACGGGUGAGAAGCCCUAUGAAUGCAAAGACUGUGGGAAAGCCUUUAGACGUGGCGACGAGCUCACUCAGCAUCAGCGAUUUCACACUGGCGAGAAAGACUAUGAAUGUAAAGACUGUGGGAAGACCUUCAGCCGUGUGUAUAAAUUAAUUCAACACAAGCGAAUCCAUAGUGGUGAGAAACCCUACGAAUGUAAAGACUGUGGAAAGGCCUUCAUUUGUGGCUCAAGCCUCGUUCAACAUAAGAGAGUUCACACUGGAGAGAAGCCCUAUGAAUGUCAAGAAUGUGGGAAGGCCUUUACUCGCGUCAAUUACCUUACUCAGCAUCAGAAGAUUCACACUGGUGAGAAGCCUCAUGAAUGUAAGGAAUGCGGGAAGGCCUUUCGUUGGGGUUCAAGCCUUGUCAAACAUGAGAGGAUUCAUACAGGUGAGAAGCCAUAUAAAUGUACAGAGUGCGGGAAGGCCUUUAAUUGCGGCUAUCACCUCACUCAGCACGAGAGAAUUCACACUGGUGAGACGCCUUAUAAAUGUACUGCAUGUGGAAAGGCCUUUAUUUAUGGGUCAAGCCUUGUUAAGCAUGAGAGGAUUCACACAGGGGUGAAACCCUAUAAAUGUAAAGAAUGUGGAAAGGCCUUCAGUCACGGCCAUCAGCUUACACAGCAUCAGAAAAUUCAUAUGGGUGAGAAGCCUCUUGAAUGUAAGGAAGGUGGAAAGCCCUGUGAUCCUGUAAAGCAUCACAGAGACCAUCAGAAAAUGCACACAGUCGAAGCACCUAUAUAAUGUGAUAAGUCUGUGGAAGUCUCCAUACAACAGAAAGAAGAGUCAUGUCAUAAUUUAACAGACAGAGCCUUCACAGUCACUGGCUGAUGGCUAUCAGAACAGUCAGGCUGCAGACAAACUGGGGAGAGUGGAGAAAUCACUUUUUUGUAGUGAUCACAUCCUCGGCGUAGAAGUUUUCCACUGGACAGGUUAGUUUGAUGAGUACAUAAAAGCCUUCCCUUGUCAUUGAAUCCCUGUCGCAUUUCAGAUGCACUCUAGAGAAUAUUGUGGUAAUGUAAUGUAAUGCAGGAAAGCCUUCAUCACGGUACCGACCCUACCCAUCACCAUCAGCAUCCCACCUCCUUCCUCCUUAUGAGACACUGGGACUGUCACCUGCUGCCCCUGUGCAUUUGUGAAGUGGGAUUAUCACACCUACCUAGAGCUGCUGUGGUGGUGACUGGGUCUGGUACAUGUAAACUCCCUGAGAGUGUAUCUGGAAUACUGUGUAAGUUCAAUAAAUACUAGCUGUUGUUUUUAUCAUUACCAUGAGUGUUGCUUUGGAUGGAUUAUUACAAGAACCCCUCCCCCACCCGUCAGACUUCUAAAAAAAGUGUCAAUUACUGUCAGAAUUUCUUAGUACACAGAAGGCUUAAAACACAAUUAACAAUUAAAAAAUGAAACCAUCAGGCCCU